UUUAUCAGUUUCCCUCGGAAAAGAAAAACCAUCCAAACAUAGCUGGUGACAUCUGGUUUUGUGCAAGUGUCUUUUGUUGUCUGCCAUGGUCUCUGGUCCCUCCUAGUCCUCAGUGCCCACCUCGUUCUUGCCUGAGCCUCAGCCAGAACAACGUUUCACUAGUUUCAUCAGUUCAUGUGCUCUGGAAUGGAGUUGCGCUGAUCAGUUACGCAAAUGUGUUGUUGCGUAGAAAGGAAGCUGCUUCUUUUACUUUUUCUAUAUAACGUCAAGUGACACUUUCGAUCCAAGUUCACAUUACUUCCAACCCAACUCCAUCUAGGUUCAUUGGAUUUCUCAAAAUUCAGCAACCACUGCAUAUUCAGAUUGUUUAAGAAGAAGGCAUUGGUCGGUAAAUUGGUCGCUACAAAAUGCCAAUUGUUCAGAAAUUGUAUGAUACCUGCAAGGCAUCUUUGUCUCCUGAGGGACCCAUUUCAGAGGAAGCUCUGGAAAAAGUUCGAAUCAUUUUAGCUGAGUUGAAGCCUUCUAAUGUGGGUCUUGAACAAGAGGCGCAAUUGGUGCGUGGAUGGAAAGGUUCUUUGAAUGGCACCAAUGGCAAAAAGUGGCGCAAUGGAAGUUAUCAUUAUCCACCCUCUAUUAAGUACAUUCACUUGCAUGAAUGUGACAAAUUCUCUUUAAGCUUUUAUGUUCCCUUUCUCUCUACAGCUUGUGACAGUCUUCUUGUUAAUCUAUUUGGAGUAUUUCUUUCUGAAUUGAGAUGUGGCAAUUGGAUUCACAAGGAAGAAGUCUUUUUUUUCUUUUUGCAGAUGGAAAUCUUCUGUAGGUCUCCAGGUUCUGUUAUCCCGCUUCAUAAUCACCCCGGAAUGACUGUUUUGAGCAAGCUUCUUAUUACUUGUAAGGUCAUAUGCUGGGUUUACUCUGGGUUCGAUGAUCCAUCUCAAGCAAGACCAGCAAAACUUAUGAAAGAUUGUCUGAUGAGUGCACCCUGCAACACAACAGUUCUUCAUCCAAGCAAAGGUGGCAACAUUCAUUGUUUCAAAGCCUUAACCCCAUCCGCUCUCUUUGACAUUCUUUCCCCUCCUUACUCAUCAGAAGAUGGAAGACACUGCUCAUAUUUCAGGAAGUCAACUAGGAAAGAUCUUCCAGGUGUUGAGCAUGAUCAGCUGAGUGGGGUAAAGCCAUCUGAAAUAACCUGGUCAGAAGAGAUCUAAGCGCCUGAAAACCUGGUGGUUAGAAGAGGGGUUUACAAAGGCCCUACUAUAAGACGGUGGAGGAUACAACUAAUUUGUAUUUACAUAACAUUAGUCAGGCAUGACUAGAAACUAAAUAUGAUGGGGAUAUAAAUUGCAGGUGGUAUGGUAUAUCUUGGGAAUCUGCUUUACAUGGUUGUUAACUGUACAUACUAUGAUAAAUGAUGGCAGUUAAUGUUGAUCCUGCCUUAUGUAUCAUUGUUCUAACUUGUUCCUUUUAGAUUAAUUAGAGGAAAUAGCGCAUCAACAUGGUGAUCUUUGGUGA